GCACGUGAGGGGGCGGAGCCAAUAGGGGCCCGGCCUCGGCCUGCCCCGGGGGCUUAUGGGGGAGCCUCCCUGAGGGUCAGCCACCCCACCAUGAGCCCCGAGGAGCCCCGGGAGGUCCUCGUCCUGCUGGCGGGCCUGUGCCUGGCGACGCUCGGCCCCUCGGAGGCCGCCCCCGGCCCCCGGCACGACUACUGCGUCCUCGGCGCCGGGCCGGCCGGCUUGCAGGGAGCCUACUUCCUGGAGCGGGCCGGGAGGGACUACGUGGUCUUCGAGCGGGCCGGGGCCCCCGGCAGCUUCUUCACCCUGUACCCGCGCCACCGGAAGCUCAUCAGCAUCAACAAGCGGCACACGGGCAGCAAAAACAGCGAGUUCAACCUCCGCCACGACUGGAACUCCCUGCUCAGCCACGACCGCCGGCUGCUGUUCCGACACUACUCCCGCGACUACUUCCCCGACGCCGGCGACCUGGUGCGCUACCUGGGAGACUUUGCGGAGCGGCUGGGCCUCCGGGUGAUGUACGACACCGCCAUCGCCCACGUUGCCCUGGAGAAGGACCAGCAGGCCUGGAAUGGCCAUUUCUUCGUCCUGACCGACCAGCGGGGCCAGCGAUACCGGUGCAGCGUGCUCCUGGUGGCCACCGGCGUAUCGGUCCCCAACCAGAUCGACUUCCCCGGCUCCGAACACGUGGAGGGCUACGAGACGGUGUCCGUGGACCCAGAGGACUUUGCGGGCCAGAACGUGCUCAUCCUGGGCCGAGGGAACUCGGCCUUCGAGACGGCGGAGAACAUCCUGGGGGCCACCAACUUCAUCCACAUGGUGAGCCGUUCCCGGGUCCGCCUCUCCUGGGCCACCCACUACGUCGGAGACCUGAGGGCGGUCAACAACGGCCUGCUAGACACCUACCAGCUGAAAUCGCUGGACGGGCUCCUGGAGGCCGACCUGGAGGACCUGGCCAUCGUCAAGGACCAGAAGGGGAAGUUGCGCGUCACGCUCCAGCUCUUCCUGGAGAAAGCCAACCUGAGCGACCCCGCCCAGGCCGUCCCCCUCCCGCAGGACGAGGUGGACAACUUCGCCAUCCGGGUCCCCUACGAUCGGGUCAUCCGCUGCUUGGGCUGGAACUUCGACUUCUCCGUCUUCAGCAAGUCCCUCAGACUAACCCCGGGAACAGGGCACAGGAAGAAAUACCCAGUGAUCAAAGCGAGCUAUGAGUCCAGGGGAACCCGGGGGCUCUUCGUCUUGGGGGCCGCCAGCCACUCCGUGGAUUUCCGGAAAUCCGCCGGCGGGUUCAUCCAUGGAUUCCGCUACACAGCCCGGGCCGUCCACCGGCUACUAGAGUACCGCCAUCAUGGAGUCCUCUGGCCUUCCCCGGGCUACCCCAUCACCCAGCUGACCAACUCCAUCCUCCGGAGGGUGAAUGAGGCCUCGGGCCUCUACCAGAUGUUCGGCGUGCUGGCGGACGUCAUCCUACUGAAGGGGAACGCCACCGGGUUCGAGUACCUGGAAGAGUUCCCCGUGGGAAUGCUGGCCGAGCUGGAAGCGCACACCGGGAGGGAGGCGCGGCACGGGCUGUUCGUCGUCGCCAUGGAGUACGGCAGGAACUUCUCCGGGCCCGACAAGGACGUCUUCUAUUACAACCGGGCGGUGGGGGAUGUGGAGGACGCCUGGCAGUCCAACUUCCUGCAUCCCGUCAUCUACUAUUACCAGCGCCUCCCAACUGAGAAGGAGAUGAGGCUGCGUCCCCAGGACUGGUCCCUCCCACGGCCGGCGGCCAUCCAUCACAUUGUGGAGGAUUUCCUCACCGACUGGACCGCCCCGAACGCCCACGUCCUCCCCCUCAGGCGCUUCCUGGAGAACUGUUUGGACACCGAUUUGCGCAGCUUCUACGCAGCCGGUCUUGAUGCGGGUGUCGAACCACCUAACGGUGCCAUCUUCGCCGCGGGAGAGAAAAGUGUAGGGAUCAUUUGGAACGGUCGUGACCUCACAGGGAAUGGUUGCGUCCAUUGGCCCGGCCGGGGAGCGCCGAAGAUCGGGAAUCUGGAUCGGGACAGACCGAUGGGCACUCUCCACUGCCCCGGCAGAAAACCCAACCGCUCCAACGAUCUCCUCCUCGUUCCCCAAGCUCAGCUCCCUAAUCCCGGCUACAGGACAAACUUUCUGAAACUCAAACGGGGAGGGAUUUUUGCGGAGUGGAUCAGAAGAGGCGAGUGGAAGGAAGGGGAGAUGAUUAGCUCAGUCCCUUCCUGGGAUCUGGUCAGGAAGCAUAAUUACUCAGGCGAUGAAAAGAGGCGCCGGAGUCAGCAACAUCAUCAGCCUCUAUUCAGCGGCUGAGGAUAAUACAUUAUCUGACCAAUUAUAACUUCAUCCCAAAAGCCAAGUUGGAUGCCUCCCUAGGAAAUCAGCCACAGCCUGCAUCAUUACUCUGCAGAUGCUUAUUAAAAAAAAAAAAACGCGUCAAAAGCGCUGACGGGGGAAAGAGUUUCGCCUGAUUUCAAACUCUGAAAGAGCAUUUGAUUCAAUCUGGCGUCCCGGGCUGAAACUUAAUCAGCCGCAAAGCGAAGCUGACGGGGAAAUGUAUGAGACUCACAAGUCCGAGAGUUUCAUCUCGGUGCCGAUCCGUCAACCCCGUGAUUAAAAAUGCCGGGCGACGGAGACGUCUUGAGGCAAGGAAGAGGAAGAGCGUCGAGCCGCCGU